AGUGUCAGCUGCACUGGAGUGUGUGUACAGUUGAGUUACAGUUGAGUUACCGGUAUGGCAAUCUUGGAAAGCUGUGCAUGAAAUUUGCAAAUCAAGUCCAAGAAGAGGACCUAGGCCUACAUGAACAUCAUGGCCGAAGAUGAGGAAGUGCUUCUUAAGACGUCGCCUCUGAGCCUAUAUCUGAGGGAGACCUGCCCAGAUCAAGACUUUGAGACUGCUCCGUCAGUUAGCAAUAAGAAAACAGAGGAUAUAACGAACAGGAAUAAGAAGGACGUUUGUUUGAUUCAACUACAUGUUCUUAAGGCAGCGAUACAUCAGGCUUUUGAGUGGAUGUUCCCUCCAGUAUCAGACUUCAUUCAACACAUUGAAACUGAAUUCUUGCCGCAGUAUUCAUCGCUGGCAUUAGACAGCCACCUCUUGCUGGAUGCAGACAGGCAGACCAUUCAUGCGUACUGUCCCAAGGGGAGUCAGGAUUCCACACGGCAGUCACCUGCUCAACACCACCGUACAGUAGGGCUGUAUGGUCAUGUGCUUUGUGGCUUAGCUGUUCUGUUUGCUGCCCUCGCUGUACUCUACCAGAGUGCAGCAGAAAGUAACUUCACCUACGCGUAUGCCGCCCUCUACAUUAUUGUGCUGUUGGCGUCCACCGCCUACACAUUGCACUGGGCACGAACCUGCUGGAUUUUCAACAGCCUGAGAAGUUUGCAUCGAAACAGCAUCCAAUCCUGGGCCCAAUGUCUGAUGCUGUUGAAUCGGCAGGGGGUGUUGCUGAAGAAGAGUAUCCGCUACAUUCAGGAGGUGGAAGUCAUAUCCAGAGGAUUUACCAUGGUGAGCCCCUACACGCCCGUUGUCCGCCUUGAAAAUGCAGCAUCCUCAAAACAGCAGCGCCAGUGCCUGGCACUCAGGAAGGCCUGCUUCUCAGCUGCUAGAGCUCAAUUCAACGCCCUCCGAGAUGCAACGCUGGGGGUCAUGAAACAGCUCCCUCUGGUGGCCGAGAUUGACCAUGUCAAUAACUACCUGGCUGUGGUGUGUUUGGAGGACACCGCUCCAUGGAUUAAGAUGACUGACAUUGAGAAUGAUCAAGAUUCCCUGACGGAACUCACAGGCUGUUACUCCCUCGCUACUCUCAAAGUAAUGAACAGUUUGUUCCUGGAGCAGAGGUCAGAGUGCAUACGCAGGCUGGUAUUGAGUACGUGCCCUGAUGCAAGACUAGAGCCACACAUAGCAGUUCAUUCUCUAAACUCAUGGUGUAAUAUCGUCAGUAACAUCAGUGCAUCAUGCAAAGCAACGCUAGAAAGAUUGCAACGGAGUUACGACUGUCACAGGCAGAGACCUAGCCACAACACAGACCAGAUCCCCUCAGAGAGACCUCCCCAGGGUGGGGGUGAGAUGGAUAGGGUUGGCUGUGCUGUGCGAAGCUUAAGACUCCACCUCGAGGCAACACUAAACAGGGUGAUUUCAGUGGAGGAGGCUCUUGAGGGGCGUGACCAGCAGCUCGCUGGAGGAGUUGACAGCAUCAAUGCAGUUACCUCCGAGAUGCUAGAAUCUGUCCAGAGGGAGCUGACGGCAUCCCAGGACUGUCUGCAGGAGGCGGCGUCAUCAUUUGAGAAGAUGAGCAGCAAGGAAAUCAGUUGUAAGCAGAGUAGGGGAGAUGGUAGUCUUGAUGCUGAGCAGUCCAAUCUCCACCCAGACAGCAGAGAACCCAUCCUGUUGCUACCAAUGAGGGAUACUGAAAUAGAAUUUGAUGAUCAGAUAUUUGAAGCCUACACAGACACCGACCCAGGGCAGAGAGAUGACGAGGAAUGGGGCGAGGAAAUCUCAGAUGCUGAGAAGAUGCGACGGAGGCGGGAGGCGGAGGAAACCAAACGCUUGCUGCAGGAACUACGCUCCGUCUUGACAGUCAGAAAGGCGGAACGGGAACGCAUGAAAUCAGAGAAGAACCGGACCGCUGGAUGUGCCAAGGGUGAGGAUGGUCACAGUGAUGUAUCCAGAUCUGUUGGAAAAGAAGCUUCUGCCAAACUGGCGACUGAUGAAGAUCCACAAAUGGGAAGCAGAAUCAGGGAGAAUAAAACUAGCACAGUAGAUGUCCAAAAUAAAAUUGCCAAAGGUACAAUUCUUGCCGACAGAAAGCUGGACUCCUUUGAAGAUUCUAGCGAUUUGAAAAUCCGCAGUUGUCAAGACAGAACAACUCCAGAUUCGAGAGAGAAGGUUGAUGGCAGGACAGGUGGUUUCUCAAGGGACGUCAGUGAAGGUGAUCCCGUUCACACUGCAGUUAAUGCAAGUGAAUCGGGAAUUAGGGAUUCAGAUGAUGGAAGGAUGGUGGACUUCUCAAGGGACGUUGGUGAAAAAGAACCGACAAGAUCUGCCGCUGCAGAUUGUGGACCUGCCAGUAACCUUGGUGAUUUGAAGACCAGCAAAUCAUACAAUCAAAACCAUGUGUCUGAAUACGACACAACAGUCGCUAGCCAAUCGCAAGACAGUCUGGAUUCUAAGAACCAGUUCAGUCACGGAUAUCUCUCAGAUGCUGUAACUGAGAGGCCUUCGUUCAAUCCGACGGAAGGACAGCGACAAUUUGGGCUGUCUUUCUUACCGUCUCUGGCAGCAGAAGCUGCCAGGAAAUCUAGACAAUGUCGGCAAGAGGAGGAAACUUUCUGUGGAAGUGACGAGGAUAGCGAAGAAUCGGAGGACAAAGAGAAACAGAGUUAGAAAUGAAACUUCACGUCUUUGUAUUAAACAGUUCAUGCCGGGAUUAUUUUGACAGUGACUGGACCCAGGCGCGGGAUUGUCUUUCAUGAACCUCGAUGCCCGACAGGUUCAGGCCAUCAUCUGCGGGUAGCACACCCUGAUAUUUCCGGCCUCGCUUGCUGCGAGGGGGCCGCUGACAGAUAUUUCCGGCCUCGCUCCCUGCGUGUUUAUCUGUCGUCCAUUUCAAAUACCGCAAAACCUUUGCGUAUACACACGUCAUUCAACGCGAACUGGUUAAAUCAGAUUUUAAGCUUGGAUUUCUUCUGUAAGCUGAUCUUUGUAUUACAGCUUGUUUUUGUCAUGUACACACAAGCAACUGGGUGCUAAAAACGUUAAAAAUUUACGAUGUGAAAAGACAUCCAAGAUUAAAAAUGUCCUCUUUGGCAGUUGAACAGCAAGGGAAUAUUUUAUCUUGAUUCAAAAAAAAUACGAAGGUAUUUUCUACACUGCGAAGAAAACACUUGCUUGUUUACCUACAUUUCCAUAUCAGCAACCAUGCAUGCCACGCACACAAAACUCGCUGAAAAGGUCGCCAAAGCCCCACCAUCCUGCAUGUCCCUUAAAGCUAUAGUCCAUCAUUUGCAGCCAUCCGAAAAAGUAACUGGCGUAUUAUUGUUGAAAAACAUACUUGGUUGAAAGAUAGUAAGUGGACUAAACUCCCUGUGAAAUUAAUCUUUCUGG